AUGCCACACACCGUCGAGUCGCCCGCCAUGCCGACCGUUGUCUCAAAAACCCCCUCUGGCGUUGCCCCCACGUCCGAAGAGAUUUCCUCUCUCAUCAACACAAUCUUCACAUCCGACAGCUCCCAGCAGUCGCUCGAUGGCGCCUACGCCUUGACAAACCUCUUGCUCCAGAGUGUCGGAGUUUCUGGCCUGCUCAACUACAAUGUUUUGGCCGAGGUUAAGAAGGCCGCCACCGACAAGAAAAACGGAGCCCGCCGCGAGAGUGCCAUGUUGAUCAUUGGUGCCCUGUUCGAGCGUUUUCCCCGAGAGUUCCCUCUCAGUGAGGCCGUUUUUCUGCUGCAGAACGGUGGUGUUCUCAACCUCGCUUUGGACUCCCUGGCUGACAAGGGCACUGUUGUCCGCGAUGCGGGCCAGUAUGCCUUGGAUGCCCUGUUUGGCUGUCUGAGCCCCGAGGCUAAGGUCAACGCCCUCAUCCCCGCCUUGGAGUCUUACCUCAGCACUGGCUCCGGAAAAUGGCAGGGUUUCGUUGGUGGCUUCAAGCUGCUGGAGAAGAUGGCCGUCAGCGCCCAGAUCGGCAACGGAACCAAAGAAGAGGAGCGCGAGAAGGAUCUUCUUCGCGAGUCCAUGGGAAAAACCCUUAAGGAGUUGAUCCCCGUCGUCGAGUCUGGUAUGCACGACCUGAAGGCCGAAGUCGGCAAGCAGGCUACCAAGACCAUGACUGCUCUCAUCACUUUGCUCUCCAACGAUGAUGUUGCUCCCCGUAUUCCUCUCCUCAUGAAGACCAUGGAGCAGCCUUCCGCUCAAACUCUCCAGAAGGCCAUUCACGCCUUGUCCCAGACUACUUUCGUCGCUAUUGUCACUUCCCCCGUGCUAGCGCUGUUGACUCCUUUGCUGGAGCGAUCUCUCAACACCCCCACAACUCCCCAAGAAACUCUUCGCCAAACCGUCGUCGUCGUAGAGAAUCUUACCAAGCUGGUUCACGAUCCUGCCGAAGCCCGUACUUUCCUUCCCAAGCUCCAGCCUGGUGUCAAGGGUGUCAAGGACCGUGCCUCUCUGCCUGAGGUCCGUGAGUUGGCUACCAGAGCUCUCGAUGUCAUGGAAACAGCCAUGAGCGACAACAACGUCGCUUCUGGUUCUAUCACAAAGAUCACCCCAGAGGAUGUUUUGGCCAUUCUCAACCCCAAGAUCCAGGAGAACGGCGGUCUGACUGGAUAUGGUGACAGCGCUUUCCACACCCUGGCCACCAUGUUCAUUGCUGGACUGGUCCGCGAAGAUGUUAAUGUCCGUAUGCAUGACCGCAUUCCUGCCUCCAUUACCCCUUACCUGCGUGGUCUCCUGGCCGAUGAGAAGGCUGAGGCCAUUGCCUCCGCUGUGCAAGCUCAUUACGUUGAGGACGAUGAGCGCAAGUUCGGAAAGCCCAUUCCCGAGGACCCCAACGAGGUUGAAAUUGUCAACGCCGAUUUCUCGCUCGCCUACGGUGGUAUGCUUCUGCUCUCUCACACCAACCUGCGACUUCUGAAGGGUCACCGUUACGGUCUGUGUGGUCGCAACGGUGCUGGAAAGUCCACCCUGAUGCGCAGUAUCGCCAAUGACAAGCUGGAAGGAUUCCCACCCCAGGAUGAGGUCCGCACUUGCUUUGUGGAGCACAAUCAGGGCGAGGAUGCUGAGCUCAGCAUUUAUGAGUAUGUUGCUAAGGAUCCCAAGAUUGCUGCUGAAGGACAUGAGCAUAUCAGCAGCGUUCUCUUGGAGUUCGGCUUCACUGAUGGACCCGAAGGUCGUCAAUCCCAGCCUGUUGGUUCCUUGUCAGGUGGUUGGAAGAUGAAGUUGGCUCUUGCUCGUGCUAUGCUCCAGAAGGCCGAUGUCCUGCUUCUUGACGAACCUACUAAUCACUUGGACGUUGCCAACGUUAAAUGGUUGCAAGAGUACCUGAAGAAGCACACCCAAAUCACUAGCUUGAUCGUUUCUCACGACUCCGGCUUCCUUGAUGAGGUCUGUACCGAUAUCUACCACUACGAGGGCAAGAAGCUUGUCUGCUACAAGGGAAACCUUGCGGACUUCGUUAAGGUCAAGCCUGAAGGCAAGAGCUACUACACACUGUCCGCCUCCACUGUGCAGUUCAAGUUCCCUCCUCCCGGUAUCCUGUCUGGCAUCAAGUCUGCCACCCGUUCUAUCAUGCGACUGAGCAAUUGUUCUUACCAAUAUCCUGGUGCUCCCAAGCCUUCCCUCCACGAGGCUUCCCUUUCUCUGUCUCUUUCCUCCCGUGUUGCCAUCAUCGGUGGAAACGGUGCUGGAAAGUCGACUUUCAUUAAGCUUCUCACCGGUGAGACAAUCCCCUCAUCCGGUAAGGUUGAGAAGCACCCCAACCUGCGUAUGGGAUACAUCAAGCAGCAUGCUCUUGAGCACGUUGAGAUGCAUCUUGAGAAGACCCCCGUUCAGUACCUGAUGUGGCGUUACGCCAACGGUGACGAUCGCGAGGUUUUCCUUAAGCAGACCCGUAUCUUGACCGAUGAGGACAAGGCUCAAUUGGAGAAGCCCAUUGACCUGGGUGACGGCCGUGGAGCUCGCCGUGUCGAGGCCAUUAUCGGUCGUCAAAAGUGGAAGAAGACCUUCCAGUACGAAGUGAAAUGGGUCGGUCUGCUCCCCAAGAACAAUGUUAUGAUCUCCCGUGAGACCAUGAUCGAGCUUGGUUUCUUCAAGAUGGUUCAGGAAUUCGACGACCACGAGGCCUCGCGUGAAGGUCUUGGUUUCCGUGUUCUUGACCCUAAGAUCAUCACCAAGCACUUUGAGGAUAUUGGUCUUGACCCUGAAAUCGCCAACCACAACGAGAUUUCCGGUCUUUCCGGUGGUCAGAAGGUCAAGGUUGUCCUGGCUGGUGCCAUGUGGAACAACCCCCACUUGCUGGUUCUUGACGAGCCUACUAACUUCUUGGACCGUGACUCCCUUGGUGGUCUGGCCGUUGCUAUCCGUGACUUCAAGGGUGGUGUCGUUAUGAUUUCUCACAACGAAGAGUUCGUCGGUGCUCUCUGCCCCGAGCAGCUGCACAUUGCCGAUGGUCGCAUUGUUAGCCGCACCAACACCGCUAUCAGUCUCGACCGCUUCGAGGACAGCGCCAACAACUCUCCCUCUAUCCCCGGAACCCCUGCCGGCGCUUCCACCAACACUAGCGCUGCCCCCUCAGCUGUCAACACUGACGCAGAGGACGGAGGUGAUCUUAAGUUCCGUGCCAAGAAGAAGAAGAAGAUGACCCGCGCUCAGCAGAAGGACCGUGAGGCCCGUCGUCGUCUUCGUCACAUCGAGUGGCUCAACUCCCCCAAGGGUACUCCCAAGCCCGUGGACACUGAUGACGAAGCAUAA